ACACGUCAGAGCUUUAGAUUUAUUAUUAAGAUCUGGCAACAAAGCUUGCCACGCCGCCUGGGAUCUGUCAAUUUGCUUGCGUCGGUGUCUGCAGAAAAGACAGUGUGUUAGGUUGCCGGCGAAAAAUUCGUUUGUUCACUGUUAAUUGUACCACUUAUGUAAAAUAAAAUAUAAAGAACUCCACGACCAAAACACUACAAAGAUGACUGCCGAGACGCAAUCUAAGGCUAAACUGCCUCACCUUUCGUCUGAUAAGCAACUCACUUUUAUAAAACUGGCUGUUUUGUCAAUGGCAGCGAUUUUAUCAUUUGCCACACGUCUGUUCUCUGUUCUACGGUUUGAGAGUGUUAUACACGAGUUUGAUCCUUACUUCAACUACAGAACUACCAGGUAUCUCACCGAGGAAGGUUUUUAUAAGUUUCACAACUGGUUUGAUGACAGGGCAUGGUAUCCCUUAGGCCGGAUCAUUGGUGGCACCAUCUACCCUGGUUUGAUGGUCACGUCCACAACACUCUACAACAUUAUGCAGUAUAUGAACAUCACCAUUGAUAUUCGCAAUGUGUGUGUGUUCCUUGCACCAUUUUUCUCUUCCCUCACAACCAUUGUCACAUACCUUUUGACUAAAGAACUAAAGGAUGAAGGUGCGGGGUUGGUGGCUGCAGCCAUGAUUGCCAUUGUGCCGGGCUACAUAAGCCGCUCUGUGGCUGGAAGUUACGACAAUGAAGGCAUAGCUAUAUUCUGCAUGUUACUUACUUACUACUUCUGGAUCAAAGCCGUCAACACAGGAACUUUGCUGUGGGCUACAAUGACUGCAUUAGCAUACUUUUACAUGGUAUCGUCUUGGGGCGGCUACGUGUUCCUGAUCAACCUGAUCCCGCUGCACGUGCUGGCGCUGAUGGCGCUGGGCCGGUUCUCGGCGCGCGUGUACGUGGCCUACAGCGCCCUCUACUGCGUCGGCACCAUCCUCUCCAUGCAGAUCUCCUUCGUCGGCUUCCAGCCCGUGCAGAGCUCGGAGCAUAUGCUGGCGCUGGGCACGUUCGGCCUGUGCCAGCUGUACGCGUUCGCGCAGUACCUGCGCGCACGCCUGUCGCCGGCCAACUUCGAGCUGCUCUUCAAGGCGUUGCUCACCACGCUGCUGGCAACGCUGGGCACCGCCGUCGUCGCGCUCACCAUCACCGGUAAAAUCUCGCCCUGGACUGGCAGAUUCUACUCGUUACUGGAUCCUUCUUAUGCCAAGAAUCAUAUUCCAAUUAUCGCGUCGGUGUCGGAGCACCAGCCGACGUCGUGGUCCUCCUUCUACUUCGACCUGCAAGUGCUGGUGUUCCUGUUCCCCGCCGGCCUUUACUUCUGCUUCGCCAAGCUCACCGACGCCAACAUCUUCAUCAUCCUCUAUGGAGUUCUCAGUAUCUAUUUUGCUGGCGUGAUGGUCCGCCUGAUGCUGGUGCUGGCGCCGGUGAUGUGCAUCGUGUCGGGCGUAGCUGCCUCCAGCCUGCUCAGCCUGCACGUCAAGGACAUAGAGCCCAAAGUUGAAAAGCACGACAAGAAAAAGAAGCACGAAAAUAAUCUGGUGUUCCGUUCCGAGGUGGGCGCGCUGUUCGUGUGCGUGCUGGGCUGCCUGCUGGUGUCGUACGUGUUCCACUGCACGUGGGUCACGUCGGAGGCGUACUCGUCGCCGUCCAUCGUGCUGUCUGCGCGCGCGCACGACGGCGCCCGCAUCAUCUUCGACGACUUCCGCGAAGCCUACACUUGGCUCAAGAUGAACACGCCCGAGGACGCUAAAGUGAUGUCGUGGUGGGACUACGGGUACCAGAUAACAGCGAUGGCGAACCGGACGGUGAUAGUGGACAACAACACGUGGAACAACACGCACAUCUCGCGCGUGGGGCAGGCCAUGGCGUCGGGCGAGGAGCGCGCCUACGAGAUCAUGCGCGAGCUCGACGUCGACUACGUGCUCGUCAUAUUCGGCGGCCUCGUCGGAUACUCUUCUGAUGAUAUCAACAAGUUCCUGUGGAUGGUGCGCAUCGGCGGCAGCACGGACCGCGGCGCGCACAUCCGCGAGGCCGACUACUACACGAGCGCGGGCGAGUUCCGCGUCGACGCCGACGGCUCGCACACGCUGCUCAACUGCCUCAUGUACAAGAUGAGCUACUACAAGUUCGGCCUCGUCUACACUGAGGGCGGGCGGCCGCCCGGGUUCGAUCGCGUGCGCGGCGCCGAGAUCGGCAACAAGGACUUCAACCUCGACGUGCUGGAGGAGGCCUACACCACCGAGCACUGGCUCGUGCGCAUCUACAAGGUCAAGCCGCUGCCCAACCGCGGCGUCUAAACUCCCACCACCCAUCUUCUGAAGCUCAUUGUACAAACAAAUGUAAAUUUAUUUGCACAUGGAAUAGAGCUGAAUUUCUUUUGUCCUAAAAUUUAACAAACCAAAACAAAUGCAAAUUAUAGUUAUAAAUUUUGUACAUUUUGCGUUUUAAAUUAUUGUUAUAAAUUUUGUACAUUUUUUGCACAUGGGCUCAGAAAAAAUAUUUGUUUUCAUUCUGUAAUUUCGUUCGUACUUAGGCCGUAUAGAAACCAACUGUUAAUCGUUUAAUCAUUAUGCUCCAUUGAAAACCAUUUUCUACAGAAUGCAUCCGAGAGCAUAAAUACAGUAGAAUUUAACUGUGGUCGUCACUAAUUUAGCCUAUUGAUAUUUAUAUGACGAAUACGUACUGCUUUUAAUACUAUGAGUUUUCGCUAUACGAGCAAACUUAAUAAGGUGAACAGAAACCAAUCCCUGCCUAUCCAGUACAGUCGCCAUCAAGAUAUGUGCGGAUAUGUUUAAGCACCCUGUCCGAAGCACAGCAAUAUCUGCCCAUCAUUAUUUUAUUGUAAUAAGCUUGUACCCAGAUAUUAAUCGCUUUGAUAAAUAUGAUGGCAACUGUACAUUCUGGUCAGUCGUUGAGAUUAGUCAUACUAUUCUGACUCAGUUAUAUAGCCAAAAAGGCAAUAACGGAACUCUUAUAAUAUAAUUUUGUUCUGUCUGUCCAUCCACAAUUUUACUCAGCAACUCGGUUAAAAUGUGAGUAGUUGUAUAUUGCGAGCUACUACAAUGCUUUGUAGGAUUAGGACGUGCCCUGCAGCCGAAUGACAGGCGCAUCUUUCUAUAGCUCUCCUACGUACGUCAACAAAGAAUGAUGCUAAAAAUCGGAUGUACCGUUUUUUAUGAGUAACCUAUGAGAACCUGCCCUUUAAUAAUGAAAGGCAUCAAGUGCCGUGGAAAAUACGCUCUUUGCCAGUAGGUCGGCUAUCGGUAUGCUCGGAACCCUUCAUUGUUCGUGGUCCGACACACACUCGGUCGGCUUUUUUAUUGUACUUUUUCAUAAGAGGAGCAGUAUAGUUAAUAACUCAUAACUAUAUAUGUGAUACGACUGAAUGAAUUGUUAGAUAUAAAUACGAAUAAGUAACAUAACACAUCCGCGUACAUCAACUCAUGAGUGUUACGAGGAAUUCUUUUCUACUAGGGACAUGUUUAUUUAUAAUAUUGGAUAGAUGUUUGCAAAAAUCACAUAACUGAGUAUUUUGGUUGAUACUGCAUUUAUAAUUAACAGCUGUUAGGUGAGUCAUAAUAUAUCUUCAUGAAGCUACUUAUUUAUUAACCUACUCGUAAUUCAUGGCAAAUAAAAAAACAGUUUAUAUCCCACGUUUAAUAAAAGUACAAGAUCAUAUUUCACAUUGUAGAAAACAACGAUAAAGAGGAUAUUAAGUAAAUUUUGUUAUUAUAUUUUGACACUAUAACUGUAUAUUUAUUUGAAAUCUCAUAUCUACAAUGAAUGUGUGGACAGAUGUAUCGGUAGCGCUUGUAGGAACAUGAGCAUCACUGCACUGGGAUUCGGACGAUCUUGAAAACAUCAUGGCUAAGCUGGUUUGACGUAAAACUUGUUUUUAUCUCGUCAUUGCUGAAAAUCUGUAGCAAACGCUAGUAAGUAGCAAAGAGAAUUUAGACUAGAGGAAUGUUGUUUUCUUUCGACACAAAUGAUUAACACUUAGAACGCCAUUUGACUGUUUUUUUUUUUUGGCGAUAGGCCAAAGGUAUGG